GGAACGGCAGAGAAUCUUGGGUACGUUCACGUGGGAGUGGUCCAUUUGGCCGUGCAAUCAUACUCGUGAUUCAGUACCCCACCCCCCACCCUCCCCUCCCCCUUCCACCUACUCUCCGCCUCGCCUCCCCGCAUCCCUCACCUUAUUACCAGCGCCUUCUUCUUCGUACAUGGCAAAAUUGGCAAGCCCACCACCACCCAAUUCACUUUUUUAACACCAUUUCCUCAAUAUCUCCGAUUUUCCGCUAUAAAUACCCAACCAUCUUCACCUCCUAACCCACAGCUAAUGCAGCAAAAGGGUAAAUCUUGCGAUCGAAGAUCCAGGACAUUUUCAAGAUCUCGCAUUGCCAUUGAGGGUUGUUAGAUUUUCUGGAAUUUAGCCCCCAUUUUCUCUCUAAAACCCCUUUUUAUCUCUCACCAGCCCACACAGCCGAAAUCAGCUGCUUCUCGCUUCUCACCAUGGCUGCCCUUCAUGAGCAAGAGCGUGAGAUUCAGAAGAGUUACUGGAUGGAGCAUUCUGCGGGCCUGACGUUGGAAGCCAUGAUGCUUGAUUCCAAGGCGGCUGAUCUUGACAAAGAAGAGAGGCCUGAGGUGAUAUCCCUGCUCCCACCCUUUGAUGGAAAGUCAGUUCUGGAACUUGGAGCUGGCAUUGGCCGCUUCACCGGUGAAUUGGCUAAAAAGGCUGGUCAAGUCAUAGCUCUCGACUUUAUUGAAAGUGUGAUAAAGAAGAAUGAAACUCUCAACAGGCACCAUCAAAACGUCAAAUUUAUUUGCGCUGAUGUGACAUCCCCAGAUUUGAACUUCUCUGAAGGGUCUCUGGAUGUCAUAUUCUCAAACUGGCUAUUGAUGUAUCUCUCGGACAAAGAGGUUCAGGACCUCGUGAAGAGAAUGGUCAAAUGGUUGAAAGUUGGUGGCUAUAUAUUCUUCAGAGAAUCAUGUUUCCAUCAGUCCGGCGAUCACAAGCGAAAGUCUAAUCCCACUCAUUACCGUGAACCAAGUUUCUAUACCAAGAUAUUUAAAGAAUGCCAUGCUGCCGAUAAUUCUGGAAAUUCAUUUGAACUUGCUCUUAUUGGCUGCAAGUGCAUUGGAGCUUAUGUGAAAAACAAGAAGAAUCAGAAUCAGAUUUGCUGGCUUUGGCAAAAGGUUACUUCAGAUGAUGACAGGAAAUUCCAGAGGUUCUUGGACACUGUCCAAUAUAAAUGUAGUGGAAUAUUGCGCUAUGAGCGCGUCUUUGGACAGGGAUAUGUUAGCACCGGAGGACUAGAUACCACUAAAGAAUUUGUGGCCAAACUGGACCUUCAGCCUGGCCAGAAGGUCCUAGAUGUGGGGUGCGGCAUUGGUGGAGGUGAUUUCUACAUGGCAGAAAAGUACGACGUCCAUGUUGUUGGCAUAGACCUCUCCAUCAAUAUGAUCUCUUUUGCUCUUGAGCGCGCCAUUGGCCUCAAUUGUGCUGUUGAAUUUGAAGUUGCCGAUUGUACCAAGAAAGAAUAUCCUGAUGGCACAUUUGAUGUGAUCUACAGUCGCGACACAAUCCUUCACAUUCAAGACAAGCCCGCAUUGUUCAGAUCGUUCUACAAGUGGCUGAAGCCGGGAGGCAAAGUCCUCAUCAGUGAUUACUGCAGAAACUCGGGGACCCCGUCUGCUGAAUUUGCAGAGUACAUCAAGCAAAGGGGAUACGAUCUACAUGAUGUUAAGGCUUAUGGCCAGAUGCUUCGUGAUGCUGGCUUUGUUGAUGUCAUUGCUGAGGAUCGUACUGAUCAGUUCAUGAAAGUUCUCAAGAAGGAAUUGGAUGCAGUGGAGAAGGAUAAGGAAACAUUUAUAAGAGACUUCUCUGAGGAGGACUACAACGACAUAGUCGGAGGUUGGAAUGCUAAGCUGAUGAGAAGCUCGUCGGGUGAGCAGAGGUGGGGUCUGUUUAUUGGCAAGAAAGAGUGAAAACCCUGCAUGUUUUGCCAUGCCUCCCUCGUACCACCUAUCUGUUUGGGUGUUUUAAUUCAAUAAUAGGCAUGGUCUUCAAUAAAAUAGUGUUGUGGUAGGAGAUGCCUUUUAGUGUGUUGUAUCUAUUUAUGUUGAUGCCAACAGCUAUUUAAUCCGACAGUUUCUAGAUAUUUAAUUUGUUUCUGUUGCUUUUGAAA